AGUACUCUCUUGCCAUGCAAAACAAAAACUACGACGCGCACGCUUGACAUUUUAUUGUUUUGAUUCUGUUUGGUUACAAUUUGUAGUUUUGUGUUGAACAUAAAAACUAAAAUGGAUAUCGAUGAGUUCGAUGACGAACUAAGUUCGAUGACGGAAGACGAUCUAAAGUUUCUGGAGGCCGAAGAGUUAAAAAGCAGUGAAAAUUCACCGGAUGUUUCCAUGCGAGCACAAUCAAUCACAGAGAAUGCAGAAACAAUAGAAACUAUCGAUGAUGCUGAUCUCACACAUUUUUUUGAAGAGGAUGGCGAGCCUGAUUUGGAAGAUUUGGAAUGCUUGAAGUCGAAAUUUCGUCACCAGUGCUUCCGAGCAAAACAAUGGGAUAUCAUUAAAAGUCUGAGAGAAGGACGGGAUGUGUGUGCGGUCAUGGCCACGGGCUACGGAAAGUCUCUCUGUUAUCAAUUUACUGCAGUCCGUUCCAAGAAAAUAACUCUGGUGGUGUGUCCCCUAAUUGCAUUAAUGCAAGCUCAAGUCCACGAUCUGACGAAAUUAGGCAUUUCUGCGUGUUUGGUUGGCAGUGCUCAGAAAGACCCAAAAAUUUUGGAUAAGAUUAAGAUGGGCAGCUUUGCUAUUAUUUAUAGCAGCCCGGAAUACUUACAAACCUGGAACGGAGAUAAACUAUUGUCAAUCAUAAAGAGCAAACUGGCACUGGUGGCUAUUGAUGAAGCUCACUGUGUGAGUCAAUGGGGCCACGAUUUCCGGCCAGAUUUUCGUAAACUAAAUGUCCUCAGACAGAAAUUGCCAAACACGCCAAUUUUAGCAGUAACAGCAACGGCAACCGAAAACGUCCGAUACGACAUAAUUACGCUUCUGGGCCUCAACGAACCUAGAGUGAUAAUGACGAGUUUCGAUCGCACGAAUUUAGAAAUGAUUGUCAAGCGUAAAACAACGGUCAUGGGUGAUCUAUUGCCGCUGAUAAAAGAUGUCAAUGGCAGCGUAAUUGUCUACGUUCUCAAACGUAAAGAAGCGGAACAGAUCGCAAAAAAAUUGAAAGACAACGCCAUAAUCUGUGACCACUAUCACGCUGGAUUGAGCAUACCUCAACGCAGCGAAGUUCUGGACAAAUUUUUGAACGACGAAUUGAAGGUCAUUGUGGCAACGAUCUCAUUUGGAAUGGGUAUAGAUAAGAAGGACAUUCGAAAUGUCAUCCACUAUGGUUCGUCGAAAAAUCUAGAAUCCUACUAUCAAGAGGUAGGACGAGCUGGCCGUGACGGGAAACCCGCGAAAGUCAUAACCUUUUUCUCACCCGAUGAUUUUGAGCUGCACGAUUGGUUUUUGGAGGUCGAAUCGACAAAGCGAGAAUUGUCGGCGGUGAUCAUGAAUUAUCUGAGAAGUCUUGGGGCAAAAAUGCGCGAUUUUUUGUAUUCGACCCAAUGCCGCAGAAAAACUAUUCUCCAAUAUUUUGGCGAAAACACAUUACCAACACCGCGACCCAAUUGUUGUGACAACUGUACAAUCGGCCUUGGUUCAUGGAGAUUGACUGACUUGUACGAAGAUAUCGACGACAACGGUAUCUACGACUUUUCCAUCGAAUCAAAGAUAUUACUGGAGGCGAUUAAGUGUUUAACGCUGAACGGCGUCAGCACCGAAAAAAGUUUGCUCAAAAAAUUUCUAAUCGCAAAAUACGAUCAAAGACUGCAGCAAGUACAACGGGAUCGUCGUUAUGGGUCGGGUCGGAGUCAUUCCGACCAGUAUUGGCUAGCACUGAUCGAACAAUUGUCACAAAAUGAGUACAUCGAUAUCGCACCGGACGGGAAGACUGUAACGUUGACAUCGACAGCAGAAAAUUGGUUGCAAAAUGCAGUUGGCCUACGGUUAAAGGCCAUCGGUCAGAUGUUCGAAUAUUUCGACCGCAAAGCUUCGACACCGCUCGUUGUUGGGUCAAACAGAACAAAUCGAUACAAUGUUACCAGAGCUUCGACCGAUUUGCUGCGGAAGGAUUACGUGCUGAGCGACGAGCUACUGAAACAAGUUUUAAGCGAAGUUCGUGACGCUAUUUUCAACCUCUCUAAAAAUGUUCCGGACAAAAAUGCCAUUGCAUCGAUGACAGACCUAGAUAAAAUGGUCAAGGCGAAGCCAAGAAAUUUGGAUGAAUUCAGAUACGCGUUGAAGGGUUCGUUCAGCGAAAAGAAAGUAAAUAAGUUUGGUCCAACGUUCGUUAAUGUUGUAUCCAGAUUUACGAGCGCCCAAUUGGAAAUGCAGAAUAUUUUGCUAAAUCAUCCGAUGCCCGAUGUAAACAUGGACCAUGUCGUGUCCCCACAAAUUCUCCACCUUUUGAAGGAGCGAAAAACCAAGGAGGAAAUGGUUCGGUUGACAAACUUGACAGAACGACAACUGUUCGACGACAUUGUAACACUCAUUCAAACUGGUCAACCUAUUCUACAAACCGAUAUUGCCUACAUGUCACACAUUGACUUCAAGGUUUUCAGUCGACUAAUACCAAAUACAACAAUCGAUAUCACAACCGUCGAACAAAUUGAUGAAAUGACAACGAAAUAUUUCCAAUCAACAAGUGAGCAUGCUGACUCUGGUUUCGUUAGACUCGGCCUAACGUACUAUGCAGUUCGUUUCCAUUUAAAUCGAUUGUGUGUGCCAUAUGUUGAUUGUGAGCAAAAUGUGUUGGUCAACGCGGAAAAGUUGAUCGCCGAGGAGAGAUUGGAGACGUUGAAUACCACCUUCAGCACUGAUCGUCAUUACGCACCAUAUUAUAGAAGCAAUCACUACAAUGGUCACAGCUUUUUUGAACUCCUAUUUGGCGAUUAUCUGGGUGGUCACAUUUCCUACGAUGCGUAUGAGUACGACGAAAAUUCGUACGGAUACGAUGGAUAUGAACAUCAUGAUAGCGAUAAUACUAAUGACAGCGAUAGAGACGAAGCUGAAAGUGAGGAAGAGCGCGACGAAGUGAGCGAAGAAGAGCGCAACGAAGCUAGUGACGAAGAGCGCAACGAAACCAGCGAAGAAGAGAGCGACCAAGAAACGUUCGUAGUAAGUGAUUCUGAAAGUGUGACCGAUGAUGAAGACGAAAGCGGAGAGAGUUCUUCUGAUUUUAGUGACACCGAUGAUGAUAGCGAUAGUGAUGACGACAGUGAUAGUGAUUUCGAUUAUGAAAGCGAAAGACGCAAUUACGGUCGAAAGAGAAGAAGAAUUAGUUGAAGAGGCUGUGUUCACAAGGAGUUUGAAUCUUUGUUCAGAAAUGUGGUUGGCUAUAAUCACUCUGUAUAAUACAAAAUGAAAAUUAAAAUAUUUUUUGUUACUUGAAA